UCUAAUGUCUGUGUAGCUUCUUGCUAAAUUGUAGCUUAUUUGUAAUGGCUUGCUAUAAAUGUUGUGCACUUGAAAGAGAAGAGUAAAGAGAUGUGGAUCUUUAACUAAGAUAUGUAAACCAAAUCACAUUGACUGUUUAAUUCAUGAAGUUCUGCUGCUGUAUUAAUGUUUCAUUUCCUUGGUACCAGGACUCUCGGCAGCGAGAGAACUGUAAAGAGGCUGCGUUUAUCGAAAGCCUUAACAAUGCCUGAGAAUAUAACCGUGCUCGAGGCCUGCCGACGAAUGGCUGCUCGUAGAGUUGACGCCGCAUUGCUGACGGACUCGAAUGCGUUGCUUUGCGGCAUCCUGACCGAUAAGGAUGUGGCUACAAGAGUCAUUGCACGUGAACUGCGGCUCGAGGAUACACCGGUUUCUAAGGUCAUGACGAGGAAUCCUGUUUUUGUUCUUUCGAACACGCUGGCGGUGGAAGCAUUGCAAAAGAUGGUUCAAGGCAAGUUUAGGCAUUUGCCGGUUGUGGAGAAUGGAGAAGUUAUCGCUCUUCUUGACAUAGCAAAAUGUCUAUAUGAUGCAAUUGCGAGGAUGGAGAGGGCUUCUGAGAAAGGAAAAGCUAUUGCGGCAGCUGUUGAGGGGGUGGAGAAAAACUGGGGAACUGCUGUUUCUGGUCCCAAUACAUUUAUCGAAACUCUUCGGGAGCAAAUGUUUAGGCCUUCUUUGUCGACCAUCAUCAAAGGGAAUUCAAAGGUUGUCACGGUCUCACCAGGCGAUUCCGUGUUAACUGCAACAAAGAAGAUGCUGGAAAUUCAAAUUAGUUCCGCAAUUGUGACAGUCGGAACUAAACCGCAUGGAAUUUUAACUUCAAGGGAUAUUCUAAUGCGUGUUAUUGCGAGAAACCUUUCGCCGGAGUUAACCCCUGUUGAGAAAGUGAUGACUCCUAAUCCUGAAUGUGGAACAGUGGAUAUUCCAAUUCUCGAUGCUCUUCGUACUAUGCAAGAUGGAAAGUUUUUGCAUCUUCCUGUUCUGGAUCGAGAUGGGAAUAUAGUUUCCGUCGUCGAUGUAAUUGAUAUAACUCAUGCUGCUGUAACAACAGUCGAAAGUCGCGGAGGAGUAGGAAAUGAGGCGGCAAUUUCUUUGAUUCAAAAGUUCUGGGAUUCAGCUAUGGCCAUGGGGCCCUUGGAUGAUGAGGAUGAUUCAAGGAGCGAAACAUCUAUGAAAAUGGCAUCUGAAGGAACAGAAACCACCGGUUCCCCUUAUCCUUCUUCGAGUGUGCCUACUACAGCCUUUACCUUUAAGCUUGCGGAUAAGAAAGGGAGGAUGCAUAGAUUCACCUGCGACACGCAGAGUUUGGCGCCUCUAAUCACUUGCAUCCUUCAGAGACUCGGCUGUGACAUUACCGGAAAUAACCUGCCGCAAAUUUUGUAUGAAGAUGAGGACUGCGACAAAGUCGUUCUCUCGUCAGACACCGACCUCGCUGCAGCUGUCGACCAUGCGAGACUUGCUGGUUUGAAGUGUUUAAAGUUAUAUUUAGACUACUCCAGCGCAGAGGGUCGAAGGAGAGGGGGAUCGGGAGCGCUGGACUUUGCAAACAGGGACGCGUGGGCAGCAGCGUACAGCGGAGCUGCAGCAGGAGCUGCUCUCGUUGCGUGCCUCGGUGUAAUUGCUUAUCUGAAGAAAUAUAGCUCUUGAAAGUGCUCAGGAUUUGAGAACCAAAAGCACCUUGUUCCACUGAUCAUCAUUAACUAAACAUAGUUAACAUUAAACUUGGAUACACUCACAGAUUAGUUUGAUCACUAAUGCCGCGAGAGAUUCGGAGGACAAAAUUUUGUUUUUGCUGGGUUGAGGACUACUUUCAUUUGUCUAUUGUGAGUUGUAACAUGUAAACAUUUUUCGGAGUAAUUACAUCAUUGUUAUUUGUUGUUGUACUAUGUAUAAACAUCCUAUAUAAUGGUAAUUGUAAAUUUCCAUUAAUAAAAGCUAUUCACACCUUGCU